AUGUUAUUAAUUGUUCGUUUGUGUUUGUGUUUAUUCUUUUUAAAUUUUAUUUUCUCUGCUGGUAAGAGAAAAAAUCUUGAUGAAAGCGGUUAUGCAACAAAUGAUCUUUCUGAACAAAUGCAUGAUUCUUCCUCAGCUUCACUUUCUGAUUAUGCUAACGACAAUGACUGUAAUGCCUAUGAAACAUCUGAUUAUGAUCCAGAAAAACACGGUGAAUCGACAGACAAUGAAGCUCCACCAUAUAUCGAGAAAGAUGACAGCAGAUAUAUAAUCGAUUCACAUCCAGGUGUAAGUGAUGAUGAUCCAUCCUAUCCGAUAACAUUCAUGACACCUGAUAUAACAUGGAUAGAUGAUGAAUGGCCAUUAUUACGUAAAAAAUUUAAACAUAUGGAUGAGGAUGAAGGUGAAACAUUUGAUCUUCGAUGGCAUGUUACUGAUCGUAAUAGUGGAAAGAAAAAUAAAUUAAUCGGUAUUCUUUUGGCAACAUAUGAUCCGGAUGAUAAAAGCCGAAAUUUUUUAUAUAUUGAUUAUUUAUUUGUUGCCACACGAUAUCGUAAAAAAGGCAUUGGUAUAAGAUUAAUGCGUCGUGCAGAAAACUAUGCAUGGGAUAUGAAUGUGCCAGAAGUUCGUCUAUCAGCAGUGGUAAAACAUAUUCAUUACUAUAAAUUUACAUGCGGUUAUUUAAAAAGAGCAGCCCCUGGUUUUAGUGCCCAAUUAAGAGUGAAGUAUAAUCCUCACAGACGGCCACAACCUCCAAAAGUUCAACCAAUGAAACCACCAGUUCGAUGGUAA